UUCAGAGCCUGCAAAAUCAAGGAAAUUUUCCGACAGCUCAGUAGUAAGGUGAAUUCAGAAAUCAUGCCGAACAUUUUCCGCAGCUUUUUAUCGGAUCGCUAUAAUGGCAAGCAGGAGCGCUUCUACGAACGCUAUGAAGCGUUUUUUCGGGCCAUACCCAACUUGCCACCGAUGCCACGACCAAAAACUAAUAACAACACAAGGACUAUAGCAAGAGCUGAACCUAAAACCAACUCAAAGUUUACAUAUCAUUAUGGUGUUGAGGAACCCAGCAGUGAUUGGCGAUACGGUAAUGAAGUAUCAAUUGUGGUCAGAAGGGAAAUGGAGGAGCGGUUGGGCAUUCAACUGAUGGCUCAUCAACCGAGUUCAGAGCUUAACUUGGUCAGUCAUACCAUCUGGGAACUGAUAAUGCCUGGUCAAGAUAUUGAUUCGUUGCCCAAAACCAAAAAGGGUGCUCGAAUUGGUAUCAUUACGGUCUUGCUCGAACCUGCAAACAGUAAUUGCGGCAAGGAUAAUAAAGCUCGGUCGAAAUUGAUUACUACAAGAAUACUUUUAACCAAAGUGUCUAUACCACCAAUUAUUGUGGAACCGCCACCGCAAGUAAAAAAGCACGCAGUAAAAAGGCGUUUUAGAAAACUAGGCGAGCAGUUUGAAUGCAAUAAGUGUGUCAAGAAGUUCGAUCACUCCUGGAUGCUCAUUGCCCACAUAAGGACUCACACAGGCGAAAGACCUUUCGUUUGUCCGGAAAGGAGUUGCCGGAAGUCCUUUGCCGACCGCUCCAAUCUUUGCACUCAUCAGCGCACAAUGGGACAUCACGAUUGGGAGCACCAGUGUGGACAGUGCGGCAAGUAUUUCAGCCAGAUAUGUUACCUGAAUCGCCACUCGAUGGACGCCUGUCGCAAAUACCUGAUGUCCAUUAUGCACAAGAAGUUCUAGGUUCAAACUAUAUCGUUGUUAUGUAAUUUUAAACUGUAAUUAUGGUAAAUAAAUAUUACAAUCCUUUCAGUACA